AUGGUUAAACGGGAGAACAGCAAACCCAUUCAGGUUUACACUAGCUUACCACCCAAGGUAGUGGGUUAUAUUCGAUUUACGUUGACCGUUGACAUCAAGGAAAUUGUUUACGCUACAAGUUCUUUUCCGGAAGCGAUCUACGUAGGAGUAAAAUGGUGGGGUGAAGAUGGUAAAGGAGCACUAUUUCGAUCAUCCCCUUCGAAAAAUAAGAAAACUGCUAUCAUUAAGCAAUGUGCAAAAUAUCCUGUUAAGGCAGGAUUAAAGCAAUUGCUAACUUAUUUAAAUGAUAUGCAGUACCUCAUGUUGGAUAUUCUUUCUAGCCCAUCCAUGAGAAGAAUCGGUGUAGUACGCCUUGAUAAUAUCAACCAUAUCUCUCCAAAUAAUCCGAUCAAUGGAUUAUUUGCGAUACGAGAUAUCGAAGGUACCGAGUUAGGGCAACUAAAAAUGUCUAUAAAUUUAAAGCGAAUUGAUUCAAAUUUUGCUUUGAGCGAUACCAGUAGUAAGACGAAUUCUAAGACCGAAACAUUCAAGGGUAGUGUAACAUCAAUGCAGAAAAAGCCGAAUGUCGACAAGGAUGAUCAAAAAAUUUCUUUUCCAGAUGAUCAUUAUCUUGAUGACAAUACUAACUUUAGCUCACAAAUACCUAAUGAUGAUCAUCAUCAUAAUACAGAAUCUCAACAACAGAUAACUGACGUCGAAACCGAUAUUUUGGAAUCUUUAUUGCACCGUGGAACUGAAUUGCGGAAGAAAAUGAUUACAUCCAUUGCGAAUGAUAUUGAAUUAUUAGGCGACUACAGCAAAGAACUAACUGAUAAAAUAGCUGACAGCAGCUAUGAUAAUUCAACAAGAUCAAAAGACCGAGUCCAAGAUAAUGAUCCGAAUAUCUAUGCAGUAAAACCUAGCAAUCAUUUAGAAACUUUACUGCACUCUGGAAAUAGAAGAGAAUUUAAAUCGUCUAACCAAGAAAAUGAUGAAGCUACUUUAUUAAAAUUUGUUACCGGAAAUAACGUGAUCAAUGCGGAAGAUCUAAAACUCGAAUCUAUUACUGAUUCAGAAGAUGGCAUGGACAAUCAAAGUUUAAGUGAUUUAAGCGAUCCUGUACGCGAUAACGAAGUAUUGCAUUCGUUAUUCUAUUAUAAUGAUGAGCAGGAUUCUGGUAGUUUAUCGUCUCUUUCGUUAUUAUCGGACGAGAACCCUGAUAAUACCAAUAGCGGAUUACAAAUUGAAGCGCAACGAGAUGAUAAGAAUGAAGAUAUAACUCUGGAAGGAAUGGACGUAAAACUGCAGAGAACUGAAAGUGUAGAUUCUCUAGUUGAAACAGACUCUAAUACUGUCAAAAUACAGGAUGACAUAACCAUAAACGCAACAAAGUAUCAUAACGUGGCUGAUGUUACUUCCGCUAGGGUAGUAAUACAAAAGCUCAUUUUAGACAAAAAUUUUUUAUCCACGACUGGCGUAAUUAAUCAUAGACAAUUUUUUAUUGAAUAUCAAUUUCCUGUUACGACUAUUAAUAAAGCCGAUGACACAAUAAUCGGUGAAUUGGAACGGUCUGCUUCGAAGAAUGUCAAAGAAGGAGACAUGUCAUUGCAAGCUUCACUUCCAGUUUUUAUGGAAACGGUCGAUGAUGUACAUAAACUUGAUAAAACCAAACUUCCUAGUCUUGGUAGUCUUGAGGUCCAGGUCGCACUUAAAACAGAUACUACCAAACCCAUAUUGCCGAAAAGAGCUAAAUUUGUAAAGGUUUAUCCAGAUGUAACCCGAUCUCCAGAACUUUCAUCUUCUGAAAGUAAUCGGAACAAUGAUCCAUUGUCUACAAAGCAAGCACCAAAAUUGACAACGAAUGAGAUAAAGGAUGGGAAAAAUCCUACUCGUGCUCCUAUUAGGACCCCUUUUCAAGGCAAUGAGACGUUGACUUUGCAAAUGUACGUUAAUGUUCGACACGGCAAAAUUACGUUACCGUAUUUGUCAGCUGAUGCUAAUGAUAUCAACAAGACUAGCAGAGCGGAAAAGCCGUCGACUUACGUAAAGAUUAAUUCAGUAUUAUCUGCUGAAAGCUGUGCUGAAUCAAAUAUCCUUUGGUCGACUUUAACACCACGUUACGACCUGCAACAUGUAUUCCCGUUUACAAUUACUAGAACUUCAGUAGAGACCUUUCAAGAUAAUUUUUUGUUUGUGGAAGUUUGGGAGAAAGAGCGUGGUAGACAGGAAGAUAAUUUGCUUGGCAUAGUCAAAAUUCCCUUGGAUUGCAUUCGACAGUCAAUAAUUGAUCCGAAAACAACAAACAUUUUACUGAAAUCGAAGCAUCCAAUCAUAGUAUGUAAUGAAGAUUCUAUGGUAGUUAGUCCCUUUACCGGCAAACAAUGUGGUUGCAUCAUGGUCUUGGUCGCUUUCGGGACCGCAGCUCAGAUUGAAUCUCUGCAAGUUGGCCGUCAUCAGAACCAACAUCCAUCUCGUAGACGCGAUAUUCCAACUAUUCGUUCUACCAUCAGUAAUAAUAUCAAUAUGGGUUCAUUUAUAACUGAUCCUAAAAAUGUUCAACAAAUGAUUGGGAGCGAUGAAGAUUACUUAAAUCACGAAUUCGAAGUCAUUAUUGAAAGAAUUCACGGUUCUGUCAUGAAUGACACCCUAUGGGGAGAAACAGAUUGCUUCAUUCAAUACCAUUUUCCUAAUCAAGACGUCCAACUCGGUUCAUAUGGACCAUUAACACUUACAACGCAUCGUUCCCCAACUACUUUAUAUGUGCCCAAUGCAUCCUUUCAACAUCUUGUUAAACAUAAUUAUAUGCUACCAGAGAGUAUACCUCUUCAAAAGCAACUGAUGAAGGCUUUUGGUUCACCCUAUAAAGAUGAUGGUGCUACAGUUGCUUUCGAAUUAUGGAGGAGAUUUUAUUAUCCUAAUGUUCGUGACCAGCUUGUUGCAAAGGCAAAACUACCUUUAGCUAAGGUAAAUGCUAUGGCCAUUAUGGGACGUCAGUAUAAUGAUGGAGAAAUAUUAAAGCUCUCUUUGCCUUUACAACCAGAUAUUGAUGCUGAACAAAGCACUGCAGGCUAUGUUGACAUAAGUAUGAGAUAUAUAUGCAAACCAGUUAAGAAGAAUAUCACACCAGAUCUCAACAAUUCUUCACUUGUCGCGAUAUCUUUGGAGUUAGGAAGAGCUACAGGCCUAAAGGCUGCUGCGAGAUAUAUCUCUGAACAACAUCCAGAUAUAAAGAAUGUUGUCACCCUUGGUGUUAGCAGCUAUGCAACAAUAUCGUUAUCGUUUCUUGAUGAAAAGAAAAAAAGGCGGACAAGAACAGUUGCUAAUAGUUUCGCCCCCAAUUUUUCAUGUCAGGUGGAUUUUACGUUACCCGUAGCCUAUCACUUCAAUGAAGGCAGAAAUAUCAGUUUAGCUGAAUUAUUAGAGACUUCUGAAAUUUUGAUUGAAUUAUGGCAUAGACGACCGAAAUCGGCUUAUGAAGUCAUCUUGCCUGAUAAAUUAAAAGAUGAAACCUUAGAUGAUAUUCGUUUGGGCUAUGUUGCAGUGCCUCUCAUUAAAUUAAUAUCAACGUCGAAAGGAAUUACGGGUUGGUUUCCAGUUUGGGCUAGUAGAAGUGAAAUUGAUGCAGCAGAUGCAAAACAAGAUCUAACUGCUAAACAAUUUGCUGAUAGCAGCCAGAGAUCUGUAUUGGGAGGACUGGAGGUAAAAGCCACAUUUAUCGAUGUAAGUUAUCAUGAUAAAGUAAUAAUGACAGCCAAAGGGAUGGGUUGGUAUCCAACACGAUUUACUGAAGUUGAUUUUACGUCUAUUUCUUCUGUCAUGGAUAAUGGAAAAGGAAGCAAGUUUAGAUUUAUUACUGUUAAUAUUAUGAAUGCUUGGAUACCCAUUUCAUUGAUAAAAUUUAAGCACAAUAGCUCAAAAUUUCGGUGCUAUGCUAGAUAUAAAUUUUAUAAAGAACCAGCAGUAACUACGCCGGCAUUGUCUUGGCGCCAACAUGUUGACAGAAAUGGUACACCAUUUAUGAUUUUUGAAUUUGAAAAUGAAAGAAAAUUUCGGUGUCAGUUAUCGCCGUCACUGAAAUGGUAUUUAAUGGAAGAAGUAUUAGAAGUUCAGUUAUGGGUUGAUACUGGCACAAAGAGUCAAUGGUUAGGAUCAAGUUAUCUUGAUUACCCACUGGAUGACGAUAACUCUCUACACUCUAGCCAUGUCCAUUGGUGGCUUUUGAAACCAGAUACAUCCGAUAUGUGUGGUUCUUUUAUUCGAGGAAAUGUUGUUAUAAGUCACACUGAGCAUAAGUCUAAUCCUUUAAAAUUACUAGAAUCGGACAACGAAAUAGAUCGACCUCUUCAUUCAGAAACUGAUAUAAUUACCAACGCAGAUGAAACUGUUUCUAUCUCAUCAAUAUCGGACGACAGCAAUCCAGUAAUAAAUGGUAAAUUUGACUAUGACUUAGAAGUAACGAUAGAAGAAGCGGUUCAUCUGAAUUUGCAAUCACCAGAUCAGUCGAUCUACGUAUCUUUUACUGUGCCUGGUAGUACGAAUCUCCUUAAGUCUUCAGUUAUUCCAGUCAGUCAAGCGGUUAAUUGGAAUUCUGUUCACAAAAUAUCGUGUGAUCUUAAUGAGAUUAUAAAUCAUACACUAAAUAUUGAUAUAUACGCGUGUGAUGUAGUAAUGAAAGGUAAAAAAAGGCAAAUUGGCUCUAAGAUUGGAACAGCAAAUAUUGACUUAUCUGGACUGCGCUUUGGAUUCCUAAGGAUUAAUGGUUGGUAUCACAUAUUAAAUGUCCGACAGCAAUCUGUUGGUCAAAUAAAAGUCGACGUAAAUCCUAAUUUAUCGGCCUUACCGCGCGAAGCAAUGAAGCAGCUUAGUCGUAGAUUUUUUGAUGGUAGCAAAAAGUAUUACGAUGAUGGUAAAAUAGCAUCAUCUAUGACUGUAGAUAAUUACCUUGUGUCCGAGACUUACAGUACUAGCAGUACCGUUACAACGACAAGUAUACAAUCGUGGGACUAUGUCAAAAAAACUAUGGGUGAUCUAGAAACGACAAUUAACAAAUUAUUGCGUGGAGAUCAAAUUCGAAACUCUGCUACAAUUGAGAAUAUUCAUCAUUAUAUCAAUAACAAUGAAGUGCGCAAUACCCUUAACAACUUAUUUAAAGUAGGUCAUAGACAGCAGAUUGACUCAACUUCCGAUAAAUCUAGUUACCCCCCAAAUUCAGAUCCAGAUAAUACAGAUAGUAUGCCUGCACUUAUUUCAAACAGUGAUAAUGGCCAAGUCAAUACCAGAGGAAACGUUGAAACAAUAAAUUUUCGUCAGGACCAACAAACAGUUGCUAUAGCGGAAGACGAACAGGAAAGGAGAACUACUGAAAGUCUUCAUUCUAGCGACGGUAGAAGAACCUCUAAGAAAUAUAGUAGUAAAGAAAGUCUUGGUCCGUAUUAUUAUGAUUUUGGCUCUAGCGAUAACUCUACAAUUGAUAGUAAGUUAAAUGGUAUUGCGUCAGUUCGAAAUGAGAAGCCAAGAAAUCAAAAUGUUGGGCGGCCUAUCGAUAACGAUGCAAAACAAUUUAUUCUAAAUAACAAGGAUUCCGUAAGCCCUGCAAACGAUCAAUUUACCAGCGCGAAGGUUGAUCUUGGUAAUCGGAAAUUACUCAUUGAAGAAAUAACGGAUGACUGUAGAAGUCAGGAUGGAGAUGACUAUUUAAAUGAAGAAAUAAGUGACUGUAGUGUUACUGACUUGGACUUGACUGCAAUUGUACCUAAUUAUAUUACUGAUGGGAUAUCAACGAACCGAAGGUCUUCUGGCUCUAAUUCUGAUUUGAAAGGUGGUGUAAACCCACUUCACGAGAAUUUUGAGGUAAAUUCUUGCCAAACUGAAUCGAUUUCAACUGAUGGCAUUCAUGAACAUCAACAUGAUAUAGUAUCAGAACAUAAUAAAAUUAUUUCAGUUAUUGAGGAAAGUUCUUUCGAUCAGCAUGGGCUUCCGGUUUUUAUAGAGCAAAGUAAACACGCUGAUGACUUUCUCGCAGAAUCUAACAAAAGUAGCUCUUUAGUCGAAGAUACAAUUGAUAAUAAUGGUCGCAGUGUAGCCGUAGCAUCAGCUACAGAAAGCCAAAGUAAUGCACUUGUCUCUUCCGUAACUGAUAAAGAUAUAAAUUUAACUGAUGUAUCUGAGGUAUUGAAAUAUAAUCUUGAACCUGAUGCUUACAGUUCCGAAGGAGAAUUAACUAAAGCAGAUCAAAAAAGUAUAUAUGAUAGACUUAACAAUGAUCAAAGUUCGAAGAAUGAUAGUAAUACAAAAUGUGACCGAAAUUCUGAAGAAAAUCUUCGUAACGUGUCUGUGCCCCCUAGCGAAAAUGAAACAAAUGUAGAAACUGAAAUUUGGAAUGAAAGUAAUCCAGACAUUUACGAUAAUACCAACGUAUUUGAUCUCCGAUAUAACGCAAAUAUUCCCAAAGUCAUAAGUAGGGCUGAGGGUACGAAUACUACCGUAGAUUGCGCUGGUAUAGAAGGUAAUGACAAAGUGAUAGAAUCAAUUUCAAGUCUUCGCGAACUGAGACAGAACGCAAGUUUCUUCGAUACGUCAGUAAGACGCACCGAAAGUAAUCAAGAAAAAGAUAAUGCACUCGUUAAUCGGAGUUACUCGAUUGAAACCAGUAAUACCAAAAUAUCAUCCACUAUGGAAUACGAGUCGAAUGAUCGUGGCGUAACUGUAAUUGAAAGGAGGCGUUCAGAUACAGCUAGAGAAAGCACCAAAUCAGGUAGUCGGAAGGAUAAUAAAGAGAAUCAAGCUGGUCUUGACUAUGCUGCAACGAAACAAGAACUUAGUUUUUUCAUGUCACCUGCAGUCUUUCAGCAGUCUCUCCAUGUACUCCAAGAGAAAUUAGAUCAAGAUUCAGAAAUGCGACAUAAAAUGGCUGAGCAUAAAAGAGCAAUUAUUCGGCAGAAGCUAGAAGAGGAAAAAUCGAAUUCAGAUGUAUCGGAAAUGUCUCAAUCGACUCCAUUGGUCAAACGUGUCAUGGAGCACAACGAUGUGCGCUUUAACUUAUCUGCUAGGGAAACGAAGCGUAUUGCUAAAAUUUUUGCCUCUCGCCAUACUGAUAGUAAAUAA